GACUUGCAUGCUAUGGAACACCCGCUCUUUGGCUGCCUGCGCAGCCCUCACGCCACCGCACAAGGCUUGCACCCGUUUUCCCAGUCCUCUCUCGCCCUCCAUGGAAGAUCUGACCAUAUGUCCUACCCCGAGCUCUCUACUUCUUCCUCCUCUUGCAUAAUCGCAGGAUACCCCAACGAGGAGGGCAUGUUUGCCAGCCAGCAUCACAGAGGACACCACCAUCACCACCAUCACCACCACCACCACCACCAGCAGCAGCAGCACCAGGCUCUGCAAACCAACUGGCACCUCCCGCAGAUGUCCUCCCCACCGAGUGCGGCUCGGCACAGCCUCUGCCUCCAGCCCGACUCAGGAGGGCCCCCAGAGCUGGGGAGCAGCCCGCCGGUCCUGUGUUCCAACUCUUCCAGCUUGGGAUCCAGCACUCCGACUGGGGCCGCGUGCGCGCCGGGGGACUACGGCCGCCAGGCGCUGUCACCCGUGGAGGCGGAGAAGAGAAGUGGAGGCAAGAGGAAAAGCGACAGCUCAGACUCCCAGGAAGGAAAUUACAAGUCAGAAGUCAAUAGCAAACCCAGGAAGGAAAGAACAGCUUUUACCAAAGAGCAAAUCAGAGAACUUGAAGCAGAAUUUGCUCAUCAUAAUUAUCUGACCAGACUGAGGCGAUACGAGAUCGCAGUGAAUCUAGAUCUCACUGAGAGACAGGUGAAAGUCUGGUUCCAGAACAGGCGAAUGAAGUGGAAGAGGGUAAAAGGAGGACAGCAAGGAGCUGCAGCUCGAGAAAAGGAACUGGUGAACGUGAAAAAAGGAACACUCCUCCCGUCAGAGCUUUCAGGAAUUGGUGCAGCCACCCUCCAGCAAACAGGGGACUCUCUAGCAAAUGAAGACAGUCACGACAGUGACCACAGCUCAGAGCAUGCGCACUUAUGAUAUACACAGAGAGGACCAAGCUCCAUUCUCAGGAAAGAAAUGUUGUGAUGGCAAGCCUUACCCAAACAUCGUUUACACAGAGAGAUGACUAUGGCAGUGAUUUUUAUUAUUAUUAAAUUCAGACAUCUUGAGUCUGUUUUUCAUGAUUGAUAGAGAUUUAACACUAAGUGCCACAUGUUAAAGAUGCUUCCACAGUGAAGAUGGAGAAGGUGAAGUUGCUUUGAAUAUUCCAGAUGUGUUUGGUCGUGUAUAUGGCAGUGAGCAGGUAUGUGUUUGCUUUUGCUUGCACUGAAAAUUAAAUUGCUAUCAAGAGCAAACUACAAAACAUUUUUAUUCAAGAUGUCUCCAGAGUGAAGUUACCAAAGAUGAACUUGCUUUGAACAUUCCAGAUG